CUCCUGUUCCUGGGAAGAUGCCGCCAGCUUUGCCCAGAUACUAAGUGUGGAUGCUCUGACUUACCCGGUCUUGGGGAAACCUGGAUUUUAAUCCCAGGAGGACAGAACUGACAAGGGCUGCAAUUUAAGGUCACGGGAUAGAUUUGGGCAUCGGUCAAGGCUGCCUCCUCCCUCGAGGGCCGAGUCUCCGGUCUCCCCAAGAAGCCCACUGCAGUUUGGCUUUGUUUCCGGUGGCUUCCCUGGGCGCCGGCAUCUGGCUCUCCUACCUCGAAGGCAUUCAGACGUUCCUCUUUCCUUUCCAGAUCUCCCACCCACCCACCCUGCCCGGGAAAUUCAGUGUUGGAGGCAUGAAUGGGCAAGGACAGCUGUAGAAGGUUGAAAGGUUGACCGACACAUUUCUUCAAACAUAAACAACAUGAAACUCUUCUGCAAGACGCUGCUGGCCUUCUGGGUCCUAUUUGAAGGGGUCUUGGCUGGACCGUGGAGCGCCUGGAUGCCCGAACACAUCACUGCCUUUGAGGGCACCUGUGUGGUUAUCCCCUGCCGCUUCAGCUACCCGGAGGAGCUACGCCCGGCAACCAUCCAUGGCAUCUGGUACUUCAACAGCCCAUACCCCAAGAAUUAUCCCCCAGUGGUUUACAAAUCCCGCACCAACAUUAUCCACGAGAGCUACGUUGGACGCAGUAGGCUGCUGGGAGAGCUGAAUUUCCGCAACUGCACCCUGCAGAUCUCCCGUCUCAGCCCUGAACUCUCGGGGAAGUAUUACUUUCGGGGAGACCUUGGUGGCUACAAUCAAUAUACCUACCCAGAGCACAGCAACCUCGAGGUCAUCAACAAGCCCACCAUUGUGAAUCCUCCAGAACUGGUGGAGGGUUCAGAAGUAGAACUGCGCUGUGAGGUGCCGGAUAAUUGUCCAGACAUGAAACCUGUCAUCACAUGGAUGAACUAUGAGAAAUUGGUGGAGCAUUCGGUCUACGCGCAGAUAGAGGAAGAAGGCAGCACUUGGUCCCUCAUCUCCAUCCUGAAGUUCCUACCACUGCGUGAGAACCACGGAUAUGAGGUGGGCUGCAAAGUCAGCUACCCCAACACCACUUUUGAGUUUGAUGGCUUCUCGACUCUGGAUGUCAAAUACCCGCCCCGUAUCCUGCAAGUAAACUCCUCUGUGGAAGUCCUACAUGGCGCUCACGUGUUCUUGAUGUGUAUUGUGGACAGCAGUCCAAUAGCCAUGAUUUCCUGGCUCCGAGAAGAUGAAAUUCUCCACGAGGACUUAGCUGGGAACCUCACGCUCUACCUCGACAAUGUAACUCACCUGCAGGAUGGCAUCUACACCUGUGUGGCGGAGAACAUUUAUGGCAAAGACAACCACUCCCUUGCCUUGUCUGUGCUGUAUGCUCCUUGGAAACCCAUAGUCAACGGAUCCAUGGUGGUCCUUGAGGGAGAGCCUGUCUCUAUCUUCUGCAGCUCGCAGAGCAGCCCUGAGCCAACAAUCACCAUCUACAAGGACAAGAAGCCAUUAGCCAUGGGGGUCUACCAAAGCCAGGUGGAGCUGGAGUUUGAAUCCGUGUCACACGAAGACGACGGCGAAUACUGGUGCACAGCAGAGAACCAGUUUGGCCAGAGCAGCACUGCUUUCAACCUCACCGUUGAAUUUGCUCCCCGUAUUCUUCCGGACUCCAAGUGCACAGCCGCUCGGGAUACAGUGAAAUGCAUCUGUGCGGCCAAAGCUAACCCAGAAGCUAUGAUCACCUUUGAGUUGCCCACCCGCAAUGUGACGGUCAACGAGACCGACCGGGAGUUUGUGUACUCCCAGAAAACGGGCUACAUUGUCACCAGCAUCCUGACUGUUCAGAGGGAGGUUGACUCUCAGCUCUAUAUAGUCUGCUCUGCCAGGAACCACUACGCCACCAAGAACCAGCAGCUCCAGUUCCAUCACUCCAACAGUCUGAUGUGGGCAAAAGUUGGACCGGUGGGAGCUGUUGUGGCCUUUGCCAUACUCAUAGCUGUGGUGUGCUAUGUCAGCCAGGCUAGAAAAAAAAAAAACAAUGAUAAUCCUGGCUUUGGUCAAACAGAAAACCCUCCUGUUGUCUACAGCGGAGAUUACAGGAAUCCGGGCAAUCUGGAAAAAUCAGAGUCUAAAGAGAUCUGCUCCCUGGAAAGUCACUGACCUGGCCAAGUCUUGCAGUGAAACGCAACCUGUCUCCCCGCCUCAGAUGUUGCUGAACUACACCUCCUAACAUCCCUUAGCAUUGAUCCUGAUGGCCAGGACUACUGAGAGUGUCCUCAGCAAUAUCUGGAAGCCUACUUUGAUUCUUCGGGAAUAAACCAAAUGAUGUAACUCAGAGAGUGAGUUGGUGCGAGCAAUAACCUGAUCUUGUUUGUUUGCUCACCUCCUCCUCCAGUACGGGCGCUGUGACAAACGGCUGUUGAACAAGCGUGAGGACCUGGGGAUUGAUUAUGCCAACAUAGACUUCACCAAAUUGUCCACCAAGGACAGCUAUACCCUGACGGAGGAGUUGGCUGAAUAUGCUGAAAUCCGAGUCAAGUGAGGCCUCUUCUCACCAAGGCCUUUUCUUCCCACUGGAACUGUAGUAGUUGAAAGAAAACCCCGAGCCGUCACCAUCCCUGGGCUGGCCAUCCAUCAUCUCUCAGGGGACUUCACAGUAUCCACUGUUUUUGAUAUCCUGAUGUUCGCACUCCAAAAUACGGGCUGGGUUUUCAUUUCCUGGAGAGUACACACUGAAGGUCACACUAACACAUAUUUGUGAGAGAAAAGGUUCCCCUUUUCUCUCACACAUACAAAUCCCCCCAUAAGUAAACACUUGUCCUUUUGGCCAGCCAACAGGUUAGUUUCAGAAUGAUAAGAGGGCAGCUCUUUCUGCUUGUACUGUGGUAAAUUCCUAAAUCUUGGAUACCUAGUCUAAUUUGCUAGCAAACGAUCAACCUAGAACAUGAUUCCAGUUUCAUAAUCGCAAGGAUCGAAUUGACAAAUCCAGAACGGCUGUGAUCUAAUAGGUAUCCCUCUAUCUGACAUAGUUCCAUGAAAGAGGUUGCGUUUCUAUGAGAAGUUGAACGGAUUGGUUUUCACCACAAUGCCCAAGAGUCUUGAUCCUUCUCAUCCAGGCUGGUGAACAUACUGUAAGCAGUAGAGUCGGCUCUCUAUCUGUCCAAUGUUCACUUCACAUUCCAGAUUCAAGCUGGGGGGGGGGGGACCAAAUUCUAGCUCAUGUGUCUCGAUAACUCUACAUCUCUGUCUUUAACAAAAUAAAAAAGGAAGCAGGGAAUGCUUUAGGCACAUCAUUUUAUUUCUACAUGUAUAAGACAGCGAACAUUCUACCACCUUGUUCCGAUUCCAGCAACAUAGAUUUCAGGUUAAAAAGAAACAAAAGUGAUGAGAUGACCGAAAACAUCACCUAGUGAAUUCUAGCAUCUUCAGUGCACCAACCAGCUAUGGUUGAAGAAAUAUAAAGCCUGCCCAGCUACUGUCCUUUUGACAUAGCGAUGGUUGGGUGACUCUAGAAGACGCUAUGAAUUGCUAGCAUGAAAAUGACCUUCGUGGUCAAGCCAUUUUUACCAGAUAUGCUUAGAUCCAAUUUUACAUUAUGUAUAUCUGUUAAGUAGAAGACUAACUUCUGUUUCCUAGAAUGUAUGCUCUGUUUCAACGAGGGUUUCCCCAUAACAGUCCUCCGUGAUACAUUCCUGUUGUUGUUAGCAUGACUAAUGAAAGUGCUGUGUGUUUUGCUGAGCAACUGGAUAUUGUAUUCUGUAGCAUCCACUCAAUUCUGUCCGCAGCUUUGCCUUUUGAGAUAAAAGGUGCCCUUUCCAAUAAGUAAAUUUGUUGGGCAAAAGGUCUUCUCUUUCCUCUGCUUGUUCAACCUCCGGAGAACAGAAUCUUUGAUGUCUUAAAUCCAACAAGAACCCCAUUGAUUUUGACGACACGGGGAGGUUAUAGAAGAAACAUCUGGGAUCCUUCAUUACUUGCUGAAGACCUGCCAUGGUUAUAUUGAAAACCUUGACUGUCCAUCUUCGUGGUCUUAUAGUAAAGCCUUCCAAUCAUAAAGCAGUUUUGCCUGCAAGAGUGGUUGGACUUCGCUUCACUUGAAUGUGUUCAAGCUGGGCCGAGAUAACCAUCAUUUGGGGCAGAUUUAAUUUGAAAACCUGCACUGAGAAAGAGGUUAAACUGGGUGGUUUAAAACGGCCUCUUCUAACUCCAUGAUGUUAUGACCACGAUUGAUUAGAUGUCCGCUUGGGAUAAGGAGUAAUGGAAAAGUUAAAAAGCUCCCUUGGCACGUUCUCCAAAAACUAGAAUGAGGAAAUAAUUUGGUUAACAUGUUUCAUGUUACAGGCAAUGACUAUGUUAGGUUCUCCAAAGCUUUUAAAAGUCUGUAAGAAAAGCUUCAGGGGCAUUCAAAACUGGUGACAUUUUGGUGAGCCCUUUUAAAAUUAUAGUGAUAUUUUGGAGAAAUAGAGACUGUUACAGCCAGAAGCAUUAUUUCUUUUAAUUUCUCCAUUCCUUUCGGCACAUGGGAGGGUUAGCAACAACUGUCAGCAAAAAGGGGCAAAACAACUAGGAUUUCAAGCAUCUGAAGCUUUUCGUGUUUUUAAAAAUAAUCUCAGGAAAAGUUUUUACUGCUUGGAAAGUUUCCAGCUCUAUUGUUGCAUUGGAAUAAUGUUUACAGAAUCAAAUUCCACCUUUGGUUUGGUUUUUAAAUCAAGGCUCCUCCUAAUCCCCUUGUGUUCCAACACACAACAUAUCCUGUGUUUUUGUACUGUAUAGAAAAAGAUACUGUAUUUUGCUGAUUAAGCAACAGCUGAAUCAUUGUUUUAAAAAGUUGUCAAAGUUGGGAAUUAUAUGAAACCCAGCUGGGAAAGGAACCCCCAUCACUGAGUUAAUGAGAUGGCGUUCCAAUUGGUGUUUGUGAAGAAAAAACUGUAAUUCUCAGCUGGCAAGCUAAUUCCAAUCUCCUAACAAGAUUAAUACCUAACAUUUCAGGCAAAAUGUUUCUAUUUAUUGAAAAAGCACCUUUAUUUUUUAAAAAAUUGCUUUCGUUAGAAGCUAGGGGUGUAGGAGUAAAAAGAUGAAAUCUAGUAACAUCUGGCUGUUUUGUCCAGGAUCCGUUCAGCUGAACUCAGUGAAAGUUACACAUUAGAUCCAAGCACAAGGAAACCUAUAACACUCCACAUAGUUAGAUUAUACCCAUCAGCCACAGUUGCUACAGCUGGUGGUCAGAAAUGAUGGGAGUUAGUGUUCUAUAAUAUUUUGGAGAGUAAUUAACUGCCCAUCACUGUCCUUGUAACUAGACUUCAGAUGCAGCUCGGGAGCAACAAUUAAGAAUAAGUCUCAUUGAACAGAAUGGUCCUUAUUUCAAACAAGGGAUAGGAUACCAUUAGUGAGGUACGUGCUAAGGGAUCAGUUGUAUUAGUGGUGGAAGUAUAUCUUUAAGACUGAUAGAAGUUAAACACUCUAACAAUCUUCCCAUGGUAGAUUUGGGGAGUCACCCAAAUAUUUUAGGGCAGGGGUGUCAAACUCGAUUUCAUUGAUGGCCACAUUUGGGUUGUGUUUGACUUCGGGUG